GUGAAAUGCUUCUAUAGGCUAGAAUGUGAUGCAAUUGGACAGCUUUUCAUAUUUUUUUUGUCUAUUUUUUGUAUACAUGUUAAGGCAAAGCCUGUACUUUCUAGCCAUUAACAUCAUCAUGUCAAGCAAAGAAUCAAAGGGGGAAGUGUGUGCUGUAGGAGACAUGUACACAUUCACUGCAGAUCUGAGUGCAUUCUCACCAGAGCAAGUGAUUGUUACCUCCUCAAAUAACCUCAUCCACAUUUCUGCUGAGAAGCUGGAAUCAGAUGGGACAAUCUUGGACAGAUUUUCACACAAAUGCCAGUUUCCAGCAGAUGUAGACCCCAUGUCAGUGACCUCGUCCUUGGGGAACAACGGUGCGUUGACGGUUAGGGCAUGGAAACAGAAGGAUAAAGUUUAGACAAACAGUUCAAAUACAGAUAUGUGUACUUUUAGCAUUGGUCUCUACAGCAUCUGCAGAUUUAUUAUUUUUAUCUCUCAUACUACAGUUAAGUGUUCUCUUUAUGUGAGUGGUCAAAACUUUAUUCAAAUAUAUUCUCAAACUGAA